UGGGCAAAGACAAUUUGAUUCCUUUCUCAACUACAUAUUAUUUUUUCAGUUUAAAUAUUCAUAUAGAGUCAACUAUGUAAUGCCUGCCCAAUCAAUGCCUUUGUUGGUAGUUACUGGUUUCCCCCUUAAUUUUUAAAGACACUGUUUUUCCCCCCUUAUUUCUUAAAGACACUGUUAAAGUUCUAUAAAGAUUGGCAUUUAGUAAGAGGGAAAAAGAUUGAAAAGGAUUUCCCUUCUGGAAGCUGACUUUUGGGAGAGUUUGAUAUAUAUAGAAAGAGGAUAUAGAUAAGCCACUAGUAGAAAAAGAUUGAUUAAUGGUACUAAAAAAAUAAGAGCAGUUGGUAGUGAGAAGAAUGUUCAAAAGCCAGAAAGGUAUUCUGCUGUAGGCUAAAGUAGUUGUCUUCCACCGGUGUCUCGGGCGAAGAAUUUUGCUGCUAAAGAUGAUCCUAGCAUAGACAAAAACGAGUCUUGUGGUGGAGCAUCUGUAUUUCUUUUUCAGUCUGGUGGGAUGGGAGCAGUUCUUGCCAUUGCUCUCCUGUUCUUUUACUUGCUGUUGCUUCCUGAUCCUACCUUCUCUCUUCCAUUAUGCACUAAUUCAAGUAGGUUUUAAACUUGGGCACCUUUUACCUUGAACACCACUCUGAAUUUUUGCUCCUACAAUGGAAGCACCUGCUGCAAUUCCACAGAAGAUACACAAUUGCAGAAGCAAUUUCAAGGGAUGAACAUCUCCAAUCCUGGCUGUGCUUCUCUCUUGAAAUCUAUCCUUUGCGCUAGAUGUGAUCCAUUCUCAGGAGAGUUGUUUAUAAUCAAUUCUGUUCAGCGACCUGUUCCUGUUCUUUGUAAUUCCACUGCUUCAGCGAAUUCAUCCCAGUCUGGUCAAACAGUGAAUGACUUCUGCUCUAAAGUGUGGGAUACAUGUGAAAAUGUAUCUAUAUCAAACUCACCUUUCGCACCUUCACUAAAAGGCCAAGCUGGCUUGCCUGUCAAUUCCAGCAUCACUACAUUGACUGAUCUAUGGCAGUCAAAAACUGAUUUCUGCAAGGCAUUCGGUGGAGAAUCAUCAGAUGGAUCAGUAUGUUAUAAUGGUGAACCUGUUACACUCAAUGACACUGAAACACCUAAUCCCCCGCAUGGUUUAUGCCUUGAGAAAAUUGGAAAUGGAUCUUACCUCAAUAUGGUUGCUCAUCCUGAUGGUUCUAACCGUGCAUUCUUCUCUAGCCAACCAGGUAAGAUUUGGUUGGCAACUAUUCCAGAGGAAGGAUCUGGAGGAACACUGGAAAUUGAUGAGUCUAGUCCUUUUAUUGAUCUAACAGAUGAAGUUUACUUUAGUAGUGCAUUUGGGAUGAUGGGAAUGGCAUUUCAUCCAAAUUUUGCACAAAAUGGUCGGUUUUUUGCUUCAUUUAAUUGUGAUAAGGUUAGGUGGCCAGGAUGCGUUGGAAGAUGUUCAUGUAAUUCAGAUGUGAACUGUGAUCCUUCAAAGUUACCUCCCGAUAAUGGUGCACAGCCAUGCCAAUAUCAUACUGUUAUUGCAGAGUAUUCUGCAAAUGGUACAGCAGAUGGAGGUUCCUUGGCAACAACUGCCAAACCAUUUGAAGUUAGACGGAUAUUUACAAUGGGCCUUCCAUUCACAUCUCAUCAUGGAGGACAGAUUCUCUUUGGACCUACAGAUGGGUACUUAUACUUCAUGAUGGGAGAUGGGGGUGGACCAGGUGAUUCAGGUGAUCCUUACAAUUUUUGCCAAAACAAGAAAUCUUUGCUUGGAAAGAUCAUGCGACUUGAUGUUGAUAAUAUACCAAGUGCAGAAGAAAUUAGUACGCUUGGUCGUUGGGGAAACUAUUCUACCCCUAAAGAUAAUCCGUUUAGUGAAGACAAGGAUUUGCUGCCAGAAAUAUGGGCUUUAGGCUUAAGAAAUCCUUGGCGCUGCAGCUUUGAUUCAGAAAGGCCAUCCUACUUCAUGUGUGCAGAUGUUGGGCAGGAUGUAUAUGAAGAGGUGGACAUCAUUACAAAGGGGGGAAACUAUGGAUGGCGAGUUUAUGAGGGCCCUUAUCGCUAUAACCCUAAGUCCUCGCCUGGUGGAAAUACACCUCCAAACUCCAUAAGCCCAAUUUUCCCUGUUAUGGGAUAUAACCACUCUGAAGUAAACAAGAACGAAGGAUCAGCAUCAAUCACGGGUGGCUACUUCUAUCGCUCAAAGACUGAUCCAUGCAUGUAUGGAAGGUACUUGUAUGCAGAUUUGUACGCUAGUGGAUUGUGGGCAGGCACUGAAACACCUGAAGGUAGCGGUAACUUUACCAGCAACAGAAUUCCUUUCAGCUGUGCAAAGGACUCUCCCGUCCAAUGCACAUCUGUGGCAGGAAGUAGUCUUCCGUCUUUGGGUUACAUUUUCUCAUUUGGGGAGGAUAACCGCAGGGAUGUUUUUCUCCUAGCCAGCAGCGGUGUUUAUAGAGUUGUUCGUCCAAGUCGCUGCAAUUACACUUGCUCAAAAGAGAAUGAGACAGCUGUUGGAAGCCCAAGUCCUACUACUUCACCCCCUUCACACGCAGGCCAGUUACAUUGUCCAUAUAGCACGAUUCUGGUCCUUUUCUCUUCUCUACUGCUGCUUCUAUUAGGUGUCAUCUAGCAUGCUGCAGCAGCAGCUUUGUAUAAUAGACUUUUCUCUUGUUGUUCUGUGCAUUAUUUGUUGUUUUUGAGUGACUAUUAAGGAAAUAUCAUUUAUUCGUUUAAGAGAAGUAUGAUCAUUCAUCAGUUGCUAACUGAUGCAAUUGAGCA